GACUAUGAAUUCACACUAUGGAAAUGCUGCGAUAUCAGCUAUUCCUUUCCAACUAAUUUUACAAAAACCAUAUGAUGACUGUUUGGAACUUCUACCUUUCCACGAACCAUCGCGAAAACAUUACCAACUAUGAGUUUACGCUACCUGUCCACUUCAAGCGUUAAUCGUGAACUACCUCUCUAUUCCCUUUUAUGGCGUUCGAUUUUUUCCCAUCUUUGUUUUGUUAAAAUAAAGAAUUGGAUGAGACACAAGGUUUGGAUUGUCUUGGCCAAGAUGAAAUCAGCCGGCGCCGCUUUCUUCAAAGGAUGAGAUAUGCUAGGUUUACACCUACACAAAAAGGGAAGUAUAUUCAGAAGAAAAUGCAAAAUAGGAAGAGGAAACGCAAUGCCCAUUAUACUCCUCCAAACACAAAUCAUGGAGUCAGAUGUUUCGUAUCUGAGCUCAAAAGUGGAAAGGAUAAUCGAAACUAGAAAUGGCCAGAGACUCAUAGCAUGUUUUGGUAUUCCUUAUAGGUUUGCCACUGUUGCUUCUGGAGCAUCUUCUGGGAAACUAUUGGAAUAUGUGGUCGGAGGUCCCAGGCUUUCUGUCCAAACAGCUUAUGGCUUGGAGGUUGAGUGGUAUGGUGAUUCGCAUUACCUUUGUUUGGUGGAUGUAUCUAUACAUUUCGUUUUGAGUGCAGAUGAUUGUACUGGGCUUGAAUGAAAAAGAAGUAUUAGCACCUUCAUUUGAGCUCCUGCACUCACAUUGAAUCUGUUGCCCUCUGAAAUCUUAGCUUCUGGACAACGAAGGCGACAAGUCCAUCUUUCCCAACCGCAUGAAUUGCGGAGCAUGGCAAUUUGCCGAUUUUGUUGGGCUAAAAGGUUCCAAAACGAGCCUCCAACUUUUUGUUGCCACAAUGGAGAAGUAGUUCUGACAAGCCCAUUUGUCCCAUCAAGCCUACGAAACUUGUUCACUUCUCAAACUGUUGAAGCUUUGGAAUUCAGCAAACACAUCUGUGCCUAUAAUAGCAGCUUCUGUUUCACAUCCUUUGGCGUCAUGCUAGACAAAGGACUUGCUAAUUUAACAGGAGGAGUUCACACAUUUCGUGCACAAGGGCAAAUUUACCAUGAAUUGCCAUCUUUGAUUCCAUCAGCUACUUUUCCUUGUCACUUCCAACUAUACUUCUACGAUAUUGAUAAUGAACUCCAAAAUAGGUUAGACAUUAUGGAAAACCAGCUGGACAAAAAGAAAAAGAACCCCAUUUAACCCACACAUUGUCAGAACACUAAUGGAUAUGCUCUCUGCAAACCCUUAUGCCAUGUUUCUUAGGAGACUAGACCAAAGUUCAUUGGAUUCAUAUAGAAUACACAUAAGGACUGAUGUCAAGCUCGACCAAAGGGUUUACAACUCCCCAUCGGCUGACCGGGUGGCUGCAAUAUGGAUAGAAGGAAAUAAUGCAAAUGUCACACAUGAACGUGACAUUAUAGUGCACUCAAACUCUGGACAUAAACAUAGAGUGCGACACUAUUAUGGUUGCUAUGAUCAGUGAUAAUAAUGAGGAGUGAUUUUUCUUGUUUCUUAAA